GCGAUUAGGGAGUGAAAGUUGAUGAUAAAUUGUUGUUGAUGAAGACGAGGCCUGAUGUCAACAACUGAUUAUGUAUGUCAUUGAACAACAGUUUGAUAUUUCAACUAAACUGAUUGUUUUAAUAGCUAUGUGUACAUUUUGCUGCGUAAUGUUGGCAUAUUCAACAUCUUCAUGAUAAAAAAACUCAUCCAGAGGUCAGUGCAAAUUCUGCAGUACUGAAUUGUGUCACUGGAGCGAGCAAGAUGACUUUCGUAAACUGUCCCAAGCCCCACAGUCAGCAGCACAUUUAACAGUGCUGGGGAUGGCGGUAUAUGGAUGCUUUUGCAACCUAUUCUUCCUGCCACCCAUUCAACGCCAUCAUCAGCUUGUGCUGGCAAAGAGAGAGGUGUGCUGCUAGCUAGCUGGUUGGGAAAAGUGUUCGACGGUGGUUAGCCAGAUAGAUAUUCAGCAUAAAGGCUGCAAGCAGUCAGCGGAACUCUGGAUGGUUUUCUAGCUUUUUGAUAAAAUACAUGGCUUUAAUGAUGUCGUCAGCACGCGACGGAAUAACUUUUUUCUGAAACAACCACUUGAAGACUAACCUAAACUAGCUAGCUAAAAAGUGACUAGUUAUUUUAAUUGGUUCAUAGCUUUAGCUAGCUGCAAGCUAAUCUUCGACACAAAGCUACUGACUGUUAGUUGGCUAUAUUGUGAACUUCAUGGCCAACAAAAGGACUCUUGUCUGAUGAAGCACAUCACAGGAUUUACUUUUCCAGUUCUAAAAAGUAGCACGACUCCACUGGAGAAGGACGCAAAAUGAAGAAACAGUUCAAUCGGAUGAAACAACUCGCCAACCAAACAGUUGGCAGAGCAGAGAAAACAGAAGUUCUCAGCGAUGACCUUCUACAGAUUGAGCGGCGCAUGGAGAUGGUACGUGUGGUCUCCCACAACACACACAAGAGGAUGGUCACGUGUCUGCAGGGCCACAUUGGCACCGACGCAGAGAAGAGACAUAAAAAGCUUCCUCUGACAGCGCUGUCUCAAGCCAUGGUGGACGGAGGCAGUCAGCUGGGAGAGGAGUCUCUGAUUGGGAAAAUGAUGGAGGUGUGUGGGGAGGCAGAGAACAGGCUGGCGUCAGAGCUGCUGCAGCAUGAGGUUCAGAUAGAGAAAGACGUGCUAGACCCCCUAAACCAACUAGCAGAGGUGGACAUUCCCAACAUCCUCAAACAGAGGAAGCAGCUAGCCAGGCUAGUUCUUGACUAUGAUUCUGCCAGAGCGAGGUGGUUGCAGGCAACCAAGUCGAUAAUCUCAGGAACAAACACUCAAGCACUGACGGCCAAGGCAGACCUGCUCAAAGAGGAGGUGGAUGAAGCUAUGAAUAAAAUGGAACUGUGCAAGGAUCAACUGGCUGCAGACAUGUACAAUUUCUACUCAAAGGAAGGGGACUAUGCCUGCUACUACGUUAUGCUCUUAGAGGCCCAAGCUGAUUACCAUAGAAAAUCUCUGACUGUCCUCGAGAGUGUCCUGCCAACCAUACAAGCACAGCAAGACUCGUGGACAGAGAAGCCAGCGUUUGGGACGGGUCUGGAGGAGCAUCUGAAGAGGAGCAGCAGAGAGAUCGCUCUGCCAUUAGAGGCCUGCAUCAUGAUGCUGCUGGAGACUGGCAUGAAGGAGGAGGUAGGGAGAGAUGGAUGGAUGGAUUGAAGCAUUGUGGGAGCG